AUGGAGAAGAGUGUGAUGAUGAGUAAAAGAGAUGUGAUCGUAUGCAGAGGAAUAUGGUAUGUAAUGGUUCUGCUCUCGGUCUUGGGCCUCUUCAUAUCACUCAAUCUUCUGUGGCCACCUGGAGGAAAGUCAUCGUCAUCGUCUCGGUUCCUCAGGGACGGUGCGGUGAGUGCCACAACAUUCUACGCAGUGACGCUACUCAGGUAUCUCUUCUUCACCGAGUCUCCCUCCUCCACUAAUAAUUGGUACAAGGAUUUUACUACAGUGAAAGAAAGGAUUCCUCAGCUUGUCUUUGCGGAACUUGCCCUGUUAGCUUCGGCUAUGUCGGCGCCAAUAUGUUCAUCUAUUUUGCAUGAUAGACAAGUGUCGUUUGUGUUGUACUUGUCCUUGUUCACCAUGUCGUUGUUGACCGGAGGGAUAGGGCUGAUUCAGCUAUCGGAUAAGCUUAGGAUGGAGAUGAGACAUGCCUAUCUCACUCUUUUCUCCUGUUGUUUUCCAUUGCUUCUCUGUUCGACUGAAGUUUUUGGGUUCAUGUUCAUUGAGAUCCUUGCGCAUAAUCUCGGGUGGGCAAGGGGCUCGUGUACGUCCUCAGUUUCCCCUCUUCCUGCUUAA